CUCACACACAUGUGACGUCAGAGCACCGUUACGGACCCAACUGUGGUGGAAGAUGGCGACCACCUUCCGGAAGUCAAAUGUGGCCUCUACCAGCUACAAGAGAAAGGUGGGUCCUAAGCCCGAACUCACCGAAGAUCAAAAGCAAGAAGUUCGGGAAGCCUUUGACCUCUUCGAUUCUGAUGGGAGCGGGACCAUCGAUGUGAAGGAGCUGAAGGUGGCCAUGAGAGCACUCGGCUUUGAACCCAGGAAGGAAGAGAUGAAGAAAAUGAUUUCAGAAGUGGACAAAGAGGCCACAGGAAAGAUCAGCUUCAAUGACUUCUUGGCCGUGAUGACUCAGAAGAUGGCCGAGAAAGACACCAAAGAGGAAAUCCUGAAGGCUUUCAGGUUGUUUGAUGACGACGAAACUGGGAAAAUUUCUUUCAAAAACCUCAAGCGUGUGGCCAACGAGCUAGGGGAAAGCCUCACAGACGAGGAGCUGCAGGAAAUGAUCGAUGAAGCUGAUCGUGAUGGCGACGGAGAAGUGAACGAGGAAGAGUUUCUUAAGAUCAUGAAAAAGACCAACCUUUAUUAAGUGACUGGCUGGGGUCCCUGCUUCGGCUUUUGUGAAAGUGUAACGGAACGGAUGUAGCCUGCCCCUUCCCUCCUCCUUUGUCUUGGUUGGCUUAGAAGCCUCUAGAUUAAUUAUAAAUUUUGAAGAUAUGUACUAUAUGAGUUUCUGUUGUUUAAUUCGCAAGAACAAAUCUCAAUUAAAGAUCUUCGAGGCUGGAGU